UUUCACAAUGGAUGCCGCUUCUCACACUGAGUACAGUACCAUCCUUUCUUUUGGUGACCCUCCUCCUCUCGACUGAUUGCUCAUGCUAGUGUGCACUGGUCAUAUCGGGCACAAGGAGAGAUUGAACAAUUGUGCCCCCCUCUGUUCAAUCAAAUCCUCGCCGCCCCGUCUGAUUCCGUGAGACAACUGAUGAUCUAAUUCCAGUCUCCGUCUCCUCAACAUGAACUAUCAAUCUUUCCUUGCGACUUCAUCGCCUUUCGAUGAAUUUCGGAUCAAUCGGCCGUCAGCCGUCAGAUCCUCGCCGGAAUUCCAUGAAAGUGCUAACGCAUGGUCUUUGCCCACUCACAAUCCGAGCUUUCAUCAAAAUUCAAGUCAGGAAGGAGACGGAACUCAGGACACUCCCGGCCAGAAACGCAAGGCUGCUACUGGGACCAAGAGAGGUUACAGAGCAUGUGUUCAUUGCCGCAUGAGAAAAGCCAAAUGCGACCUCGGCGAUACGGAUGCUCCUUCGAAACCUCCGUGCUCAAGAUGCAAGCGUGAAAUGAGAAACUGCGUCUUCCUCCCGACCAAGCGUCGGAAACAUCGAAGCGGGUCAGAAGACGACUAUGUCCAGAUCUAUCCUGCUCACAGCGAAACUGCUUUCCGAGCACCCAUAUCUGACAACGAGAGAAUCGACAGCACAUCGCCUGGGUCUUUCAAUCAUGUCAACAUUUCCGUCACACACGCAUCAGCGUUCGAAUAUGAGGACCGAGCGAAAUCUGUCCCUCCACAUUCUAGGAUGUUCCCGGUCAUGGCGUACCAUGACAUGUUCGGGGCAUGCGGUGCAGACUGCAAGAGUCCAAUUCACCGUCAGCUCAACCAUUUCCCCAAGGACAACAACAACGUGUAUGCUCAACAGCAAGAACAAGGGGCCAUCCCUAUCCCUCUGUCCACCCUUUCGCCGGCUCUGGUUUGUCAAGAAAAGGUUCAGAAUCAAGCUGAUCGCAUCCUCGCUUCGGACCUCGCCAAUGAGACAGAUGCUCUCGAAUUGCUAGUUACGGCUGUAUCGAAAGAUUCGAAGAAUGGUAGUGAAGAAGGUCGAUCUGGUCGAUCAGUCUCCUUAGAUGACUACAUAUUGGUGAAGCAAGGCCUGCUAUCAUCGGAUGAACUCGUCCAGCUCGUACAGACCUACUUUCAACAGUACCAUUGGUGUUUACCCAUCGUUCAGACCCGUCGCAUACCAAAGUCUGACGCCGACAUCGCUCAGUUGUCAGCUGAAGAACCAUUCCUUGUCUCUGCGCUUGUCCUGGUAGCUUCACGACAUCAUCCACAGCUCCGCACAAUUCAUGACAAAGUGUGGCCCGUCGCGCGACAGAGUCUCGCGGACUAUACGCUCUACGGGCUAUCUGCCUCAAUCGGACUGGUGGAAGGCAUAUUGAUUUUGGCUGAGUUCCUACCCCGACAGACUGCUCCCAGCGAACAAAGCGCUUUGAUCCUUGGGAAGGCCGCGAAAAGUCCCAGUCUGCUUGAUGGAGAUGAAAGCCGACGCUUCUGGGCUCUGGUUGGUCUCGCCCUCCGGGCUGCGUAUGCUUUAGGAUUGGAUACGAUCGCGAUGGACAUCCCUAAGGAUCGCUCCGCGUGGAAGGAACGGGCUCGCGGAGUUUGGACAUGGUGCUAUCUCUUUGAUAGGACGAUAGAUGACCUUCGUACUGGCCUGGCAUUCUGGGCCCGGGCUCCUCAAAUCUCCUUCAUCGGGUUUUCUCACAGCUCACAGACUGGCGAGACUGCCGCUCGAUUCAACUUCCCAACGAUGACCAGCGUAGACGGUACCAAUGACGAUGCUUGCUUCGUGCAGAGUCACAUGGAGUUGACGGAAAUCAUGACGGCCGCGCAUGAUAUGCUGUAUCCGACAAAAGGGAGAACAUCAAGGCUUAUGAGGCAAGGCACAUAUAUCAAGUUUGUAGAUCAGUUCAUCCACUCUCUGGAUCUAUUCAGGAAAACGUGGAGUCAAGUCAAGUUCAAGGAUCCCCGGCUACAGGCUAUGAGAGGGUGCUUAUAUCAUUUUGCCCGACUCUACGUGACGAGCUUUUGCUUUCAAGCUCACUGCCAACGAGCACAUAAUCGCGCUGCUGUGGAGAAACCAGGCAUUCUGCAGCUCUUCCCCACUGGCGCCGCGGCUUCACCAGACGCAGUACAUAUCUUUGAGUCGAUCGAAGCUGCGGAUAAAAUCUUGAAGAUUUGUCUCGAACUAGGUAAUCUUGGAGUCUUGCAGUAUCUCCCCAAUCGAUUCCUCAUCAAUUUCGUCUAUGCUGGCGUCUUUGCACUCAAAGCUGCACACAGUGGAGCCAUGGACCCCAAAGGGUUGGCAGAGACCAGGCGGACUAUAGAGAGAAUGUGCUCAGCACUUUUUACUUGUUGCCCUACAGGUGACCACCCUGCCACACGAUACGGCAACAAGCUACGAAUAUUGGCGAAACAAUUCGACGAGCCAGAGAGCCCGAUAGAAACACCUCAAGAGUCCUCCGCCAACCCGAUGGUCACCCUGAUGUCCACGAUUCCCCCUACCAAGGAGAUAAAGGCAGAGAACCCCGUUCCACCUGUGGCAGAUUCCUUAUUCGAUUUUGGGUCCGAUGGGACCAGCUUCAACUUCGAGGCCUUCUUCGACGACUACACGUUGCUAGGCGAAAAUAGUGGUUUCUCGUUCAUGUAAAGACCUUGAUCGGUACCAGGACUCGGCGUCUCAAGUUAUAUGUGCGAGAAUGCAUC